AGAAUACGAAACUUCAAGCAAUUUUUCUACAUUCCUCGCUUUGUUAUACGUUUCAUCUGACGACCUCCCUACUUCAAUUGCGGUUGUACAGAGCUUCGCUAUGUCUACUCAGCCGUUACUCCAGACCGCACCCGGCAAGCGCAUUGCCCUUCCAACUCGUGUCGAACCUAAGGUCUUCUUCGCAAAUGAGCGUACCUUCUUAUCAUGGCUCAACUUCACGGUCAUUCUCGGCGGUCUCGCCGUCGGCCUUCUCAACUUCGGCGAUAGCGUUGGCCGUAUCAGCGCCGGUCUAUUCACAAUCGUCGCCAUGGCGGCCAUGAUCUACGCUCUCAUCACAUACCACUGGCGAGCAAAGAGUAUUCGAAUGCGGGGCCAGGGUGGUUUCGACGAUCGGUUCGGUCCGACGAUUUUGGCUAUCGCCCUGCUGGCUGCGGUUGUGGUCAACUUCGUUCUGAGAAUAACAAGAGUCGAGAAGAAUUAAUUGUUCCCACGGGUUGAUCGACGACCAUUCAACAUUAUUGGAGAGAAUGGGUGGACAUGGAGAAAGGCCAUUUAUACCUCCAAGGAUUUACCGAGCGAUCAUUUUAGGUGUAUCAUUUUAGGUGUAUAAAUUGCUUGCUCUGUUGGCUAUUAUCUUGAUAUCAUAAAUGUACAUUAUUUUACGCAUUUUCUGCCGAAUCUUUUGAGCCGUUCUUGUACUGGCACUCAGCGUAUCAGAAAACCAGUUGCUUUCUGUAAUGGAAGAAUUUAAUGCAACUAGUAGUUCCUAGACCAAACUAGGUGAUGCGAAUAUUGAAGCAUACCAAAUGCAUGUUCUGCUUAGGAUGAAAGGAAUAUGUCAAGUUUCAGCAGAGACGUGG